AACGCGUGCGCUCCUCCAGUCUCAGUUCAACAGCGCGACUUGCGCGAGAGACACGCUCAAACCCGGGAAUAUGCUACAAAUAUCAGCGGAAUACAGUAAAAUAAGUGUUAUUUCUUAAAAGAAAAGAGCUGCACCCUACAAAUCUGCAGAACUUCCCUAAGCCUGUGUGCUUCUCGAGGGACACCUUAAGACAGAUUUGACCUGCUGUCCCCUGUUUACCGAGAGACAAUCAUCAUCAAUGAGGACAUUAGGAAUGGCUGUGUUCAAGCAACAAAAAGUGGAGGAUUUCUAUGAUAUUAGUGAAGAACUUGGAAGUGGGCAGUUUGCUAUCGUGAAGCGCUGUAAAGAGAAGAGUACGGGUGUGGAAUAUGCUGCAAAGUUCAUAAAGAAGCGGCAGAGUCGGGCGAGCCGGAGAGGCGUUCGGCGAGAGGAGAUCGAGAGAGAGGUGGACAUCCUACAGGAUCUCCAGCAUCCCAACAUCAUCACGUUGCACGACGUUUACGAGAACCGCACUGACGUGGUGCUCAUCCUGGAGCUUGUUUCAGGAGGCGAGCUCUUCGACUUCCUGGCUCAGAAGGAGUCGCUGUGUGAAGAGGAAGCCACAGAAUUCAUCAAACAGAUCCUCAACGGAGUUCAGUACCUGCACUCCAAGAAAAUUGUACAUUUUGACCUGAAGCCUGAAAAUAUCAUGCUGCUGGAUAACAAUAUCCAACUGCCGCGGAUUAAACUUAUCGACUUUGGUUUGGCGCAUAGGAUCAAGGACGGAGUGGAGUUCAAAAACAUUUUUGGGACUCCAGAAUUUGUUGCUCCAGAGAUAGUCAACUAUGAGCCUCUGGGAUUAGAGGCGGACAUGUGGAGCAUCGGAGUCAUCACAUACAUCCUAUUAAGUGGGGCAUCGCCGUUCCUGGGCGACUCCAAGCAGGAAACUCUUGCAAACAUCUCAGCAGUGAACUUUGAAUUUGAUGAGGAGUUCUUCUGCAGCACCAGUGAACUGGCCAAAAGCUUCAUCAGACAGCUGCUGGUGAAAGAUACGAGAAAGAGGCUUAAGAUACAAGACGCACUCAACCACCCCUGGAUUAAGCCCGUAAACCCCAGACAAGCCCUGGUGCGACGACAAUCUGUGGUGAACAUUGAGAACUUCAGGAGACAAUAUGCCCAGAGGAGGUGGCAGCUUUCUUUCAGAAUCGUGGCCCUCUGCAACCACUUGACACGCAUGAUGAAGAAAGGUCACACUAAAACACAGGACAAACCCAAGAUGGGCUACGUAGGUCGAACGGUGGCCAUGUUCGAAAGAGAGUGCGAGAGCGAUCAAGAGGAGGAGGGGAUGCUGAGGAGACCUCGAACCAGGAAGAGAAGUAGCACUUCCUGAAACUCCCUGCUGCUCCUCCGAUCAUCCACAAUAUAAACAUCCCAGCCGCAUGCUGGUUUUGAGGUGAACCUGCGGCGUGUUUGGUGUUUCUAAACGCACACAAGCUGAGUUGUUUUUAGCAAGCGUGUUGAGGUCUGAAUGUGGCUUGUUUGUCUUCAUAGAGAUGCAAUUAUUAUUCGUCAGCAUGUCUGUAAACAUGAUGCAAAAAGUGGCAAAUAUAGAAAGAAAACAUUUGUUCAUGUUGUUUAAAGCCGUGCAUAAAUGUAUUAAUGUACAUAAUGGGAUAAGGAAGAGUUUACUGGAUAUAUUACAAGUUUGUGUGUAAAGUUUACUUGUAUAAUGUUAAAAUACGUACGUUUUAACGUCACUCGUGCCACUUUGCCUUGAGCCUUCGCUGUGUAAUAUGUGCCACAACAUAUUUGCAUUCCUUUAUUGAAAUGUCUUCAGAUUUUAUUGCCUUUCAAAAGUGCAUGAGUGAUAUAGCCAACUUCAUUAUUCUGUAUGAUAUUUGUUAAUUUUAUGUUUAUUGUUUUAUUCCGCAGAUUUUUGUCUCAAGGUGCAGUCACAUUUACUGUUGUUUGGCGAAAGAUUUUCAGACUUCGCAACAGGUUCAAGCUUCUCACGCAAAUUAAAUAAGCUGCUUGGUUUGAAAAUUAGCUUUAUAUGGCGCUACUAUUGACCGUUCACGAUGGACUUGCGAAAUUUCGCCACUGUGAUCAGGAAUUUUGUGUGCGUGUGAAAGAUUUCCUGCAAUUCACUGCAGUUAUCAACCGAAAACUGCUUGGUUUGAAAGUGAUUUUUAAGUGAAAAAUUUGACUGUGACUGCACCUUUUUAAAUUUGCAUUUGACGAAGCAAGUCAGUGCGAAAUGGGCUGGAUUUGAGAUCCAGUGUUAUACUCAGUGUAUUUGCGCUUAAGUGUAUUAAAAUUAGGUCAUUUAUCAAGCCUGAAAGUGACUUGUAAAGCUCUUAAGAUAUUAGUAAUGUAUUAGAUGCCAUUCAUUUUGAUUUCAAAAAUGUAUGUUUAUUGAAAUCAGGGCAGAUAUAAUGCUACAUCGUGUUUUUUUGGUGCAUUGAAAAGUCCAGCCCUCUGUCAGGGAAGGACAAGCAGGAACUCCACCUAUUGGUCAAACGUUUUAAGAAAAUCACAGCUGCUUCAAUGUAAAUUGUUUGUAAUACAGUGCCUUGAGCCUGAAUGUGAGUGUUAGUAUGCUUCACAUACCUCACCAUCAGAAGAGGUUGUAUUCUGUAUGAAUGUAUUCUGUACAAUGGGCUUAUAAAUGAGAGGGCUCAAAAGUUCUCAUUUUAUUUCAUUAAAACAUUGUUAGAACAAAUAAAUCAGUAAUGUUCUUUCUGCUAAAGUAUUAAACCUUAAUCGAUUUUAAACCAUUUUGCAGUGCAUAUUUAUACAUUACAUUAAAUAUAUUUGUUUAUGUGUAUAAACAGGACUAUGUUCAAUGCAUGUUCAUUUACAAUUACAUCACUCCCUGUGCACCAGUCACAUGAUUGCAGGUGUCCGGGGACAAAACAGUGUUGUUUACCAGUAUAAAUCUGCCAGAUUUAUACCAGAAGUGGAAAGUAAUCAGAAAAUGUGCCUCAAGAAAAAAAUCCCUGUUUAUUUUAUACUCUUGAUAUGACACUGUACUUGUGUUGUUCACACUUAAAGUGAAAUGAACAAAGUUUACUAAGAAUAAAAAA